CUUCUCUCUUCGCAUUUUUGAAUUCUCAAUUGACCAAGUAUCACAAGAAGGAAUUUAGUUACGUUUCUCUUCUCCCUAUGCUUGGUAACACACCUUCAUCUUUUUUUUUAUAUAUACUUUUCUCUUUGGUCUCUUUAUCUACUUGACAUUACACGACAUCGUCUUAUCUCUGCUUUGGUAACAGAGGGAUAGCGGCCCAAAAUGAAACUGCUGCCUGUUUUUGCCGUCUCCCUCUUGGGCUCUACAGCCCAAGCAGGGCUUUUCUCUCGUGCCCCGGGAGGUGGGUUCUUUGGUGGGAGCUUUGGGUUUGGGUUUGGAAGUGGCAACAAUGGCAACAAUAACAACAAUGUCGACGGCCCUGGUCCAGAUGGCGAAUUCAACACAGCUGUUGACGGCCCUGGUCCAAACGGGGAGAACUUUGACCCUACCGCUGCCGGUCCGGGGUUUAAUGGUGGUGGCGGUGGUUAUGGGGGUGGAUACGGAGGAGGGUACAGCGGCAGUGGAAGAGGUCAAAGCUGGAGGAGUAGAUGGAGAGGGAGAUUCCGUGGCGGAUCCAGCAAUGGAAAUGGCAACGGCAACGGUCAAGGACAAGCCGGCAACGGACAAGGUGGUGAAAAUGGCGCUGGCGAUGCCCAGCAGCCACCCCAACCAAAGAAUGUCCUCAUGAAAAUUGGGAAUACUAUCCUCCCGCCCGGAGGGCAAUGCACCUUUGACGAUCUCACUCAAGAACCAAUCCUCCUUUUUCCUCAGGGAGCCCUCAACAGAACUUACCUCGCCGUUGGUCUCUCCAUGUCUCUUAAUAUCUCCUCCUUUGCAGCCUUCGAUCCCACUUCGCUCGUUGCAGCAGCACAGUUGUCCUUGACGUACCUCCAGUCGGGGCUGAGACUGCGGGAUUUUGAGAACCCGGUGUUGACGUCGGAGACGAACCCGCUGGUGCCGUUUAUGAUGGUCAAUGGGGGGAAUGGGACGGGGCAGGUGAUGAUGAUUACUAUGCUGUAUACCCAGCCUCAGCCGUUGGUUAUUGAGGAGGGGGUUCAGAUUGGGUUGGCGGAGAUUGCGGGGAAUGCUGGUGCUGGGGCAGGUGCUAACGCUACGGCGGGGGCAUCAAGGGCUCUUACGACGCUCACGCAGGAGGUUACCAUCACUGUUACUGACGAGGCGAACGUGGCGGUUACGUCUACGAUUACGUUUGUGUCGACGAUUAUGGUCGCUGAUACUACGGGAGCAGGAGCAGGAUGUGAGGCUACUCCUGAGCCGGUUACGGUGACGGUUACUGUUACUGCUGGGGCGGAGGCGGGGGCGAGUGCUACUGCUGGUGCUGGAGCUGAUUCUGGGUCGGAGUCGGGAUCUGGGUCUGGAUCUGGUAGCGGUUCUGGAUCAGGAUCUGGCAACGGGUCGGGGUCAGGGUCAGGAUCGGACUCUGGCUGUGAUGUUUGUGACCAGAUCAACGGUGGUGAUAAUAAAGACAACAACGGCAAUGGUAACGGAAAUGACAAUGGAAACGGUAGAGGAAACGACAACGGAAAUGAUAACGGUAACGGCAAGGGGAAUGGAAACGGUGAUGAUGAACCUUGCGAUAUUUGCGACAGCGUGAAUGGCGGUGGAGAUAAUGACAACAAGGAUAACAAGGACAACAAGGGCGGUUCCAACGGCUCCGGCUCCGGCAACGCCGACUCUGACGAUAACAGAGACGGUGGGCGCAAUGGUGGUGACUCGGGAUCUGACAACAAGGAGCCAUGCGAUAUCUGCGAGAGCAUUCACGGUGGUGACAACAAGGACGGAAAGGACAGGGGCGACUCUGGUUCUGGUUCAGAUCGUGGCAGCACCGAUGAUGGUCGUGAGAAUAAGGAUGAUAAGGACCGAGAUGGCAACAACCGUGACUAUGGAUCUGGUGGCUCUCGAGGGGGCUCUGGUGAUGAUGACCAUAACGACCGUGAUAACAAGGACAAUAAGGAUGGCAUGGACGGUAUGGACAAGGGCAAUAAGGAUAACAAGGACAAGGAUAACGGCAACGGCGACGACAGAGGCAGCUCUGGCGCCCGGGAGGCGAUUGCAACAACAUGGGCGGACAACAAGGACAACAAGGACAACAAGGACAACAAGGACAACAAGGACAACAAGGACAACAAGGACAACAAGGACAAUAUGGGCAACGGAGGCAAUCGCGAUGGCCAAAACGGAGAGUACAACAACGGCGUGGGCAAAGACCCCAACAGCCCAUGCAGCACCUGCAGCGAAGGCGGCUCGCAGACCACAACAGACGCCGGAUCCAACGGCGAAGACGACAACAACAGGCGUCCUGUGCCCACGUCAACGACAUCUGGUGGGGGUGAGGGAAAAGACGGUAAAGGUAGCAACGGCGGAACAGGUCCGAUAACCUCCUCCAUGACUGAUAACACUCCUUCCCCGACGAAUGCUGACACGGCUGGCAGCGCACCAACAUCAGUAUUCAAACUGACGGCAAUAUACCCGAUCGAUGCCACGACGUCGGCUGGGAACGGAACGAUACCUGCUGCUGCUGCGGCUCAGGCAGGGAUGAACGACUCGCCCAGCGUUGAAACGGCUGCCGCCGCCGCUUUGGGGGCCGAGAGCACCGAUUCAGCUUCUUCUAGUAGCUCUGGGCCGGCGAUUGUGGUUGUUGGGAGUGGAGCGAUGAAGGAGGCUCAUCCUGGGGCUGUUUCGGCGUUGCUUCUUGGGGGGGUUGCAGUUGUUUUCUUUGUAUUUUUGUAG